CGCCCUCGGUGGCCGCGCCGCGAGUCCGUUUAGCUGUUUUCUAGCCGAGAUCCAUCCAAUUGUUGUUGGAUCAUGAAGGGUCCGCUCGGUGUCCUUGCAGCCGCGCUGCUGAUCGCGGCCGUUGGCGCCCAUGAUCUCCUCUCUGGCUACUCUAAUCCCAUGCAGGAUAGCAUGGCCCAUCAGUUCUACCAUCUGGCCUCCCAGCAGCUGACCACCGAUGCCCAGAAUCAGACCCAGUUGGCACUCAGCCAUGAUAGUCGCGCCGAUGAGGAGGACGAUGCCCAGUGCCUUCAGGAUAUCAAUCGGAUUCGAGAUGCCAUCGACAACAGGGAGGAGUGGGCUCUGGAAUUUCCCGACACUUGGGGCCGCCUGCCCAUGGGUCUCUUCUGGGGCCACACCAUCAGCAUGGGCCAGUACGAGGAGUGUGUGGCUGCCACCAGCACCUACGGCACUGAGAUUCGUGGCCAGUACUGCCUGACCAGCCUGAAUAUCACCGAGUACUACUCCAGCGUAAAGAAGCGCGGCGAGGAGUUCAAUCGAAUUAGCUACAAGCAAACGGAUCCCCAGGUCUUUGAGCUGGGCAUUUGUGUACCAACGACCUGCAGUGCCAAGAAAACCGAUGAGCUGUUGAAAUAUGUCAUUGCCAAAAUCUAUGGAAAGGAUACGAUCAAUCUGGAUGAUACCAUGGUGACGGAAAAGCGUUGCAAGUACGAUGCGCCCAUCCAGCUAAGGGGUAUUGAUAUUUUUGCCAUCGUCUUCUUCAGUCUGAUUAUAUUCUUCAUGGUGGCGGCCAGUGUCUACGAUUAUAUACAGACCCGCAAGGGAGCUCCCAAGAAACCCCUUUUGGUGGCCUUCUCUGUGCUCACGAAUGCCCCCAAGAUCUUUACGGUGAAGAAGGUGAAUAAUCCCAAUGUUAUCCACUGCCUGAAUGGUCUGCGCUGCUUCAGCAUGAUGUGGGUGGUCUUUGGCCAUGGCUACAUGACCUUCUAUGAUCUGCCGCACAUCAACAAGAACAAGUUCUAUACUUGGGUCCAGACCCCCUACUCGAUGCUUGUCCAGAAUGGUUCUCUCUGCGUGGACACCUUCUUCUUCAUGUCCGGCCUGCUGAUGUGCUGGGGUGCCUUCCGUGAAAUGGAGCGGACGAAGGGCAAACUGAAUAUACCCAUGAUGUACUUCCAUCGCUACAUUCGCCUCACUCCGGUGGUGGCUGUGGUGGUUUUGUACACUCUCACCUUGUACAAGUAUUCGGGCGCAGGACCCAUGUGGUUCAAGCUGGGCACUCAGGAUCAGCGUUGCGAGGAGAACUGGUGGGCCACGUUGCUCUAUGUUCAGAACUAUGCCGUUCCCUACAGAAUUUGCAUCACCCAAUCCUGGUACUUGGCUGUGGACACACAACUGUACUUCCUGUCGCCCCUGUUCCUUAUACCCCUGUGGAAGUGGGGCAAGAAGGCUUUGGUGCCCAUCAUCAUCUUUUUGAUUCUUUGCCUUGGCGGCACCUUUGCCACCUUUAUGAUCUACGAUUUCACGUUGUUCCGCGUCCAGGACGAUCGUGUUGAUCUGCGCCAGCGCAUGACCUACUAUCCCACGCACACCCGUAUACCCACCUGGCUGAUUGGCGUGAUCUUCGGCUAUUUCCUGUUCACCCGGAACCGUGGACGCCAGAUCCCCAUGUCCAAGCCAUUGGUUUUGACUGGUUGGUUCGUGGCCUUUGGUACCAUGAUGGCCUGCAUGUGGGGUCCCUAUUGGCGCAUCCUGCCGGACACCCCAGACUCGCCGCUGAUCGAGGGCGCCUUCUUUGAGCCGCUGAGCAGGACUGGCUGGGCUCUGGCCAUUGGCUGGAUCGUUUGGGCCUGCUACAAUGGGCAUGGUGGAUUGGUGAACGACUUCCUUUCCUGGGGCUUCUUCACCGGCUUCAGCCGGCUCACCUACUGCAUGUACGUGAUCCAUCGCAUUGUCCAGCUGGUGAAUGCCGCCCGUCUGCAGACGGACACCCACUUCUCCAACUAUGAUGCGAUCCUUCGCUGGUGGCACGACUUUGGCAUUACCCUGACUGCCUCCAUUUUCGCCACUUUGGCCUUUGAGGCCCCCAUUCUGGGCAUUGAGAAGGCCAUUUUCGGCAGGGGUUCGCCCAAGCCGGCACCCAAAAAACCCACUCCCGGUGAGCUGGCCAGGACUGCCCCGGAGGCAGCGUCUCCUACUGCUGCUGCUGUUGCUUCAACUCCUGAACCCGAAACCAAAUUAGCGGAGGCCGUGGAGACCAAGGCGGAAAUCACUCCUGAGCCCAGCAGCGUUGAGAAUCCCUCCAAGGCCUAAGCUUGCUUUGAGACGAAUUUUUUGUUCCCCCAUGCGAACCGUUUUUUUUUUGUGUGUAGUUAGUUUUAUUUAUUAAAGUUUUUAGGCAAUCAAAACAAAUGGAAA